AUGACCACGUCGGAAGGAGGGCCUCGAUGUCCUCGAGAUGAACCCAAAGCAUCAUCCAGCUCGAGCACCACACCGUCUGAUGCGCCAUCAGAGCCUCGAAGACGCUCAUCACAACUGUUGGAGCACCGCCUUGGCAAUGUGGUGGACGUGCAGGACCCGUCUCGGCUCAUAGAAUGCUCGCACCUGGAAAGACAGCGCCAGUUCCAGUACCUCGUGCGCCACUACCUUGCUCAAAUACUGUACGGCUGUAAGAGCGCCUACUGUGAUACCCCGACAUGUCUCUCGUGCAACAAGCGCGGCAUCUGCAAACCGUAUCGACCGCCGACGCAGCUCACCGCCCGAGCACUAGCCCACUACCUCGCCAGUCAAAGUAACCCCCAUCGAGGUCUCUGUCCUCACGAGCUCAAGGUGUCUCCGAGCACGCUUGGGAUCGAAGGCGCUGUUGACUUUAGCAUUGGAUACGGCGACCGCGAUGAUAAGGAUUAUGCACAGCAUGCUCAAUCGACCGGGAGAAGACGCAGUGUAGCACGCGCCAUUGACGGUCGACACCAGACUAGGAAAGACAUCAAGUCAAUCGGGCAGAAUCUUUACGAUAGUUUUUCGUUGAUCUACUCCUACUCGAAGCAGAUACCUGGCGCUUUGUGGGCGUUUGACGCAUUGCGCGCCCAAAGUUACGUGACGCAUCAAGGCAAACGCGCAGGCAGUCCGAACGACAAACCUGUCACAGCACAUACGUAUGAGACAGCGAGUAUCGUCCGUCAACGUUCACAGCAGAAUCUUCGUGCACAGAGUCAGGCGCAUGCAGCUCGAACCCACUCUGAGGUGCUCAGUAAUGGUCAGCAGGUUCACAGAGUACCGUAUUAUCGACUCUCCACUCCCGACCAAGCUCAUACCACCAAGAACGCGACCAGCGCACCAACUGACUGUACUGUUGAUCUGCCAAGGAUGUCGAUAUCAAAGACUGGCAGGAAGUCGUUCACACUCGGCGGUUCGAUUGUGCCUCCCCUAGCGAAAGCAGAGACUAGAACACCACCAAUGCCUGCACAUCAGAAGGCCACGAAGCCAAAGCACAACGUUUAUGUAGCUCCAGCUACCUCGAGGCUGAACUGCGAUCUGCUAGAUCAAUUGAAGGAUGAGGUCCAUUAUGGACAGCAACAGCGCGGCUCAGCUUUCCUCCCUGCUGUUGGCUACGAUACAGCUCGGCUCCAACCCGCCAGAGCUUUUGUCAACCGAUCAUUGUUCUAUACCCUCAGCGACGCAGAAACACUGCUACAGUCGUUUCGUGACACCAACGAAGCCUUUCAACAUUCACCGCUACCGCAUCUGGAUUCUGAUCGACUUGCACACUGUUUUAGGGACUGGGACCAACGCAAUGGAGCCUUGAUAUUUGACAGCCUUGCUAUCGCUGUGGAAGCUCUGUUUACCCUUCCGCCAGAACUUGAGACACAGAAAUCUACCAGCAGCAAGCUUUCGUCAAAUAACAAUUCGACAAAAGAUUCCACAGACAAGUCUGAAUCUGCGGCUGGCUCUCGCUACCUCAGCAACUACGAGGCUGCUCACAUCGUAAUAAUAUGCAUCCACGCCUUGACGUCUUCGGUUCCUGUCGGUUGGCCUCGUUCUUGGGCACAACUGCGCAGCCUGCGGUCGUGGGGCGUUGUUGUCCCUAGCACAACUGGAAAUACUGACGAUUCCAUCGACCCUUACGUAAAUAUCAUCGAUGCAUUAGAGUACGAGCCGGCUGUGAGGCUUGCCGAUCGCCUGUUACGCGGUAUUGGCGCCCGAACUUGUUUCGAACACAUACUCUCAGCAAUGCAUAAGGAUCCAACAUCAACAGCAAUCGAGCCUAUAAAUUUGGAAGACACUUUGACGACCAUCCUGGUUCAACAUUUGGAAGUUGCUGAGCAGGUUGCGUUGAAUACCAAGCAGAAGAUGAAGACAGCCAGCAUGUUGGAUAAAGAGCCAGGUUGGACGGUCACCGCUACGUUCAUAGAGUGGCUCAAGACGAUGAUCAUCAAGAGGUGGAAUGGUAAUGUUGAAGUCAACAAAUGGUCCAGCGCCGGGACGGCCGUAAUGCUGCUCCACGAAUUCUAUGACAAACAGCGCCGCUUGAACAUUUGGUCUAAAAUGUUCAGAAUCCCCUAUCUCAACGAGCAUCUGAACAAGAUCAAUGAUCCUGUCAAGUUCCUUGACUGGAAACCGCAACCUAACUUGCUACAUAUUUUGCAGUACCCAGAACUCCACCCAACCGAUUAUCUUGUUAGGUUCUUCAGAACAAUCAACUUGACAAGUAUGGUCGCGCAGUAUGACCACACUCAGCACGUCCAACAGAUGCUGCGGACGCUCGAUGUGGUUUUGCGAGAACCUUACCUGUACAUGAUCAAGCAUCGACUCAAGGUAACACUGAAUGACUACCUUGUACUUGAUGUCAGCCGAGAAGAGCCACUUAAGGAUACGCUCGAUCAACUGUGGAGACAGGAAAGGAAGAUGUUGCUGAAGCCUUUGAAAGUAAAGCUGGGCCAGCAUGAAGGCGAAGUUGGCCUGGACCAUGGCGGUGUGACGUACGAGUUCUUUCGUGUUGUCCUGGGCGAGGCCUUUGCGCCAGACUAUGGGAUGUUCACAAUCGACCCUCAGACCAGCGUUACAUGGUUUCAACCGGGUUCUCUUGAGCCUCUCUGGAAGUUCAAAAUGCUUGGCGUGCUCUUCAGCCUCGCAAUUUACAACGGCAUCACUUUGCCCGUCACCUUCCCAUUGGUAUUCUACAACCUCAUGCUGAACUCACGGUUCAAAUUCCUUGACGACCACACCAGCAUUGACUACAUCCGAGACGGCUGGCCCGAUCUAGCAAAAAGCUUCGAUACCCUCCUCCAAUGGAACGACGAUAACGUAGCAGACAUCUUCAUGCGCGACUAUGUUUUCAGCUACGAAGUCUUCGGCCAUAAAGUCGAUAUUGACAUGACCGAGCGCAAAGACAACACGUCGCUGCCCAGCGAGACGGCACUGGUCACCAACGAGAACCGCGGUGCAUUUGUCAGGGAUUACGUUAUGCACCUGAUCCUACACUCCGUUCGCCCACAGCUCAGAGCUUUCAAGAAGGGCUUCUACACUUGUCUCAACCCGCGCGGUCUCGAGCUGUUUACCCCCAGAACUCUCAAAAAACUCGUCGAAGGCACGCAAAUCAUUUCCAUUUCCGAUUUACGCGCAUGUGCAACAUAUGAAGACUACGAUGCUAUGCACCCCACUGUUCGUGCCUUCUGGGAUAUUGUGCAAGGAUACACACAGGAAGAUGCAAGUCAUCUGUUGGAAUUUGUCACAGCGAGCGACAGGGUGCCGGUCACGGGGUAUAAGAGUCUUACGUUCAACAUCGUUAGGAUGGGAGGUGACUCGGAGCAGCUGCCCACCAGCAGUACAUGCUUCGGCAAACUCUAUCUGCCAGAAUACAGGGACAAGGACAAGAUGAUGAAAAAGCUGGAACUGGCCAUACAAAACGCAAAAGGCUUUGGUGUCGUGUGA